AUGGGUAGAGAUCAUUUUACUAAACAACACGAAAGAUCUGGUCACAGAGAAGCUCCAAAAUCUGACAAUGUUUACUUAAAACUUUUAGUCAAAUUAUAUUCAUUCUUAGCUCGUCGUACUGAUGCUGCUUUCAACAAAGUUAUCUUAAGACAAUUAUUCUUAUCAAAAAUUAACAGACCUCCAGUUUCAGUCUCAAGAAUCUCAAGAGCUUUAAAACAAAAAGGUGCUGCUGAUAAAACCAUUGUUGUUGUUGGUACCGUUACCGAUGAUAACAGAUUAUUAGAAUUCCCAAAAACUACUGUUGCUGCUUUAAGAUUCACUGCUGGUGCUAAAGCUACCAUCUUAAAAAAUGGUGGUGAAGCUAUCACUUUAGAUCAAUUAGCUUUAAGAGCUCCAAAAGGUCAAAACACUUUAAUCUUAAGAGGUCCAAGAAACUCAAGAGAAGCUGUUAGACACUUUGGUUUCGGUCCACACAAAAACAAAGCUCCAAAAGUUAUGUCAAAAGGUAGAAAAUUCGAAAGAGCUAGAGGUAGAAGAAGAUCAAGAGGUUUCAAAGUCUAA